CGCGGCUUCCUCGGUCCAGGAUUUCUCCCAAAACACACCUCAAACAAAACGGAACUCCAACGGAAGCGGACGCCACCGUGAAACCGUGCGCUCCGUGAAACUUCUUUGGUGUUGUUGCGGUUGUUGUUGGUGACCACUUUUCGACCGUCGUUCCGUGAUUCACAUCGAGUAGCCGCUGAUCCUGCCGCUGGCCUGUGUUGUGCGUCAGCAAUUGUUUGGUGCUACCGAUUGGUGUGUAAUCGCGAGUGUUCAACCACCGAUAAAAAAAAAACGUUUUUCGUCUGUGCAUGUGCCUGUGCACCCGGACCCGGUUCGAUCCGUCGAUGAAACACCGCAGCCUCACGAAAACCGAUCUUGUAAUCGGAAGCGUUGUGCGUGCUUGCAACAAAAAUGCGGCAUUAUUUGAUUAAGCGCUUCCGGUGCUGGUGGUGACACAGAACCAGUGGGAACACCAGAGAAUCAUCGAAGUGCACCGCGCGGUUCAGAGUCGUGUGCAGCAUGUGUGAUGCAUCGACGACGGUAUUGAUGGUGCGCUGCUGGUGAGCCUCCUCUCGAACCGUGCGCGAAUGGUGUGGUAUGGCGAUGUCCACAGAGAUGGAUAAAGACAAGCCAGUGACAGUGAUAAGUGCAACGAAGAAGCAGCUGAACGCUACCGGAAUGCCAGGUGAACGGGAAAAGGAGCCUCCUGCGGGCGUGACUGCUGAGUGUACAACCGGGACUGGUGCUGCCGGUGGAAACCCCCUGACCUUUCCGACGAUAGUGACCGAUGCGGCCGAUAGUGGCAGCGCGGACAGUGCUAGUGAUGGUGUUAAUGAAAAUAAGGAAAACAAUAUUAAAUCAGCGACCAGUGCUAGUGAUACGAAGAACACAGCACCAGUGACUGCUGCUGCAUCUGGUUCUGGUUCCGGUUCUGGUUCCAGCGGAGGAGGAGGAGGAGCCAGCACGAGCAAGGCCAACAGUCAACCCUCAUACUCUCAUCUAGCGCAGGUGGCCCUGAAUCAGGAUGCACCCAACAUUCUUGUGUAUAAGAAGAUGGAAGCAAUCGUGGAGCGGAUGCAGGGCGAAGAGGGAGGCGUCUCGGUGCGCACGAUCAAGGCCUUCAUGAGCAAAGUGCCGUCCGUAUUCACCGGUGCCGAUCUGAUCUCGUGGAUCAUGAAGAAUCUCAGCAUAGAGGACGUGAACGAGGCACUCCAUCUGGCCCAUCUGCUGGCCUCGCACGGAUAUCUCUUCCCCAUCGAUGACCACCAGCUGACGGUGCGCAACGACGGCACGUUCUAUCGCUUCCAGACGCCCUACUUUUGGCCCUCGAACUGCUGGGAACCGGAGAACACCGAUUACGCCGUCUAUCUGUGCAAGCGCACGAUGCAGAACAAAACACGGCUCGAGCUGGCCGACUACGAGGCGGAGAACCUGGCCAAGCUACAGAAAAUGUUCUCCCGCCGCUGGGAGUUCAUUUUUAUGCAGGCCGAGGCACAGAGCAAGGUGGACAAAAAGCGGGACAAGCUGGAACGGAAAGUGCUCGAUUCGCAGGAGCGCGCCUUCUGGGACGUUCACCGGCCGGUGCCAGGUUGUGUCAACACGACGGAGGUGGACAUUAAGAAGGCGUACCGGCGGGGUGCUUCCACCCUAGGGUCCGGUUCCUCCGGUACGGCCGGUAACAGCAAUCCGAUUGAGCAGCUGACGCGUCAGAUCAAGCUACUGAAGCUCAAGCUCGAACGGCGCACGAUCAAGAUCUCCAAGGUGGCCGAAUCUUACAUUUCGUACUUUGAGCAGUACAACGAGUACGAUAGCUUCCUGACACCGCCCGAUCAACCGAACCCCUGGAUUACGGACAACACGGAAAUGUGGGAUGCCGAUCGAACUGCCAAAGAUGUUUCGCUGAAACGUGUGAAGCGAUGGGGCUUCAGUUUACGGGAACUACUGAAUGAUCCCGUUGGAAGGGAACAGUUCUCCAAGUUUCUGGACAAGGAGUUUAGUGGUGAAAACCUUAAGUUCUGGGAAUCGGUGCAAAGCAUGAAGGCACAACCGCAGUCGAAGGUGAAGGAGGCGGCGCAUGCCAUCUACCUGGAGUUUCUGGCCCCGGACGCAGCCUGUCCGGUGAACGUGGACUCGAAGUCGAUGGAGUUGGCACGGGAGGCGGUCAGCAGUACGGCCCCACCGAAUCGCUGGUGCUUCGAUGUGGCCGCCGCACACGUGUACCACCUGAUGAAGAGUGACUCCUACUCACGCUACCUGCGCUCCGACAUGUACAAGGAGUACCUGAACGGAUCGAAGAAGAAGAUCAAAUCCAUACCGAACCUAUUCGGUGUGAAGCGUUAAAGGGCUUCGUGUGCAGGAACGAGAGAAGCUGACUGGUAGCUGAAACCACAAAUCUGCCAUUUUUAUGUUUAGAAAAGCAACGAGGAUCGCGAUGUUGAAAAGGAAUUUAAAGUUGAUCAUGUCAUGGGUUUUAAGAAUAAUUUAUAGGCAGCUAUCAGGCGCCGGCGACUACAAAUCAGUUUGCGGAAAGAUAUCCCAAAGGAGGGAUCCAGUUGUUCGUAGAACGAUCAUUUCACUUGCGAGCAGAUGCGAUGAUAGCCUGUAGUGUAAAGUAAGGUGCAUGUCGGGGUGCAUGUUAAAAGUUGUGCCAUUCUCGACCGCGAUCCGACGCCAACCGCCAGUUAAACCCAACCAAAGGUAAACCAAACUAAGGAAUUGAUGAACUUGCACUCGCCGACCCCGCUCGUUUCGCUCUGGAUAGCACAAAUAUAGGAGGAGGAAGAGGAGAAGUAGGACGAAAAUAAUAUUGGCGGAUAUUCGUAUCAUGGCAACGCAGAACUAUUAAGCAGGAGCAGACGGGUAUAGGAAAUGCCAUUAGAUCUACACACCCCGGGCAAUGAAUGAAUGGGGGUCUAGGAAACGCAGGACAACAAGACAAGAGCAAAUAUUAUAAUUAUAUUAAAAACUAUACCUAAUAUACAAGCACACCGCGCCAAGUGCGCCGGUGAGAUGUUAUCGGAAGACCGGUUGGGGGAAAAGCACAAAGAAAAUCGAGAUCGAGAGAAAGUUCGUAAGACUCCCAAGACCGUUACUGUAAGCAUUCCCGGUUCCCGCCAUCGAGCGAUCGAGGCGAACAAGACAAAACCUCCCGGUUUGCCGAGUUGCGCCUCACAAUGGAGGCGCACAAUACCGCACAAGUUUCCAGGACGGCGAUGGAGCAACAACCAUAAGUGAGAAGUAAUAAUAGAGAUAAAAUUAGCGAAAUAUUCGAUGACAAAGUAUAACAAUAAAGUGA